GAGCGAGCGGGCGGUGUGGGCCGGCGUGGGGAUGUCACCUCUGCCGAGCGGAGGCUAUCUGGGCUCGCUACUGGCCCGGGCCCGCGAUGCCAGGCUCUUGGCCGGGCACCGCGGUGCCUCGGGAGGCCCAGGUUGCGCGCGGGAUCCUCCCGCCGGAGCCGGCUUGUUGCGGGGAGAGCUGGACAGAUUCGGGGGCGUCUCGGUGCAGCUGGGCGCGUUGGACCGCCUGGACGCCGCCACCUUCCAGAGGGCUCUGCAGGCGGCCGUUCAGCAGUGGCGCUCGGACGGCAGGGUCGCGGUCUGGCUGCACGUGCCCAUCCUGCAGAGCCCGCUCAUCGCCCCGGCCGCCGCGCUGGGCUUCCGCUUCCACCACGCAGAGGCGGACUCGGCCACGCUGACCUUGUGGCUGGGACAGGGGCCCAGCCGGCUCCCCGGCUACGCGACACACCAAGUGGGAGUUGCAGGAGCUGUAUUUGAUGAAAAUACUGGAAAAAUAUUAGUUGUCCAAGAUCGAAAUAAAUUGAAAAACAUGUGGAAGUUCCCAGGAGGCCUGUCGGAGCCCGGAGAAGAUAUUGGAGACACGGCCGUGCGAGAAGUUUUUGAAGAGACGGGCGUGCGAUCCGAGUUCAGGUCCCUCCUGAGCCUUCGGCAGCAGCACAGCCACCCCGGGGCCUUCGGGAAGUCGGACAUGUACCUCAUCUGCCGCCUGCAGCCGCGCUCCUUCGCCAUCCAGCUGUGCCCGCACGAGUGCCUGCGGGGCGCAUGGAUGGACCUGGCCGACUUGGCCGCGGCCGCCGACACCACGCCCAUCACCCGCAGGGCCGCGCGGCUGCUGCUCUACGGGCACAGGGAGGGCUUCGACAAGGUCGACCUAGCGGCGGAUGAGCUCCCGGCCGUGCACACGGGCUUGUUCUACAAGCUCUACCACCGGGAACUGCCGGACAGUUACAAAGCCACGCCAGGGGUGGAGUGAACGCACCUGGGCACGGGCAAGGAUGUUAAGGACAUUGUGCACGGACGUUAACGGGGGCCAUGUCGCAGGAGGAGCGGACAUUCGGGGUGGACUCAAUAUCUGGCUUUUAUAUUCUCAUGCGGAUGAUUUCCAUGAAGAAAAUUUGUAAGAGCGCACAUUUUAAAGGCCUCUUUUCAAAUGAAGCAAAUGUAUGGAAAAGAUUGUAGCUCUAAGUAAGCUUCACUGGAUAAAGGCAAAUGCUAUAUAAA